AUGGAAGAUACCGUACAUAACAAGACAGCCCAGGACAAGAAAUUGCUUGAAAAAGCGUUGCCAGAUUUCGCAGCAGGGGGUAUUGUUGUUUUCGUGCAUAUUCCAAAGACAGGAGGCAUUACUAUACGCAAUUUCUUUGAGAGACUAGUGGAGAAGGAUCAUUCUCGCUUCCGUAAGAUUGUGGUGUCAAAUUAUCGAGAAUGGGAGAGUUGGAGGUGGAGGAUGAACAAAUUCUCCCGAGGAGGCGCAAGGGGAAAGGUUAUUUUCUUCGAACUUCAUGGUGGUGGCGACUCCCUCAAUUAUUUCAGCGAUGCUCGCAGCGAAAUCCAUCGCUGGAGAGAGAAUGCUCUUUCCCAGAACGUUCCUUUCUUUGCUUUUGUGAUAUUGCGGCAAGGGGUUUCGUUUGCAAUGAGCUAUUUUCAUUUUUUUCACAACUACCAAUCAUACAGAGGCAGAGCCCAUGAGAAUCGUUACGGCUAUCACAAUGCCACUGAACAAAACCUCCGUAUGAAGACAAUGUUCAACGGUCAGUGUCUCUUUCUGUGUCGUGGGGAGCAAUCUUAUAUUAAAGGAGAAGAGAGUUUGCGCGCAAAUUUGACUGAGGCAGAGUGCAAUGCUGCCUACAACUCGCUGAAGAGAGAUGUCGACUGGAUUGGUAGAACUGAUGUAAUAUCCACUGAGACCAUCAAACUUCUUCAGCGACUUACGAAUACUACGGAUGAAUUGUCUGUCUCCGCCAACACAAAUCCACAAAAAGCCCUUCACUUUGAAAACUUAACGAAAGCUACACAGCAAUUCAUAAUUCAACGAAAUUCUUGGGACCAUGAGCUCUACAAGCGGGCUCAACGAGAAUUCCCCAUUUCAAUGUGGAAAUCAGAGUUCUGACCUUGUUAAGGUGUUUGCUACUACUUCUCACGUCAGAAAAGUGACGUCUGCUGACGGAUGCCAAUACGUUCAUGACUGGAACGAAGCAGAAUUACCAGCCAUUCAUGUUAGCAAACACACCCGAGCUAUGACGAUUUCCCAAUAGAUGGCGAUGUCUCUUCUUUCGCUCUCGAAUCGCUUUUGCCACCCCAUAAAAAGUUUCGCAAAGAUCUUGUAUCAUCAGCGAUUUUGUCCUGGAGUUCAGGAUUGAAAUACAACACAGCCCCCCAGGCAAAUAGCGGAAAGAAACCUACGACCAAGAAGAAGUUUCGACCAUAGCCAAGCGCAGGCUCUUCAUAAACAGUGCUUGGCUCGAAAAUGGCAGACUCGCCCCGACGCUUAAUUCGACCUGCGCCAGCCGCUCUGCUUCGAUUGAACUUUCUUUUACUGAAGCUCCGCCGCGAGCCACCGUAUUGGACCUGCCGCCUCAGGCUAGCAGAAAGAGGAUUCUUGGCCAAUACAAGCAUUGUGUACGGAUAGGACAUACAAGAUGAUAACACGGAACGUUUUGGUAGUUGCUAG